CGUUUUGGGGUGGCGCGACCUGCCAGCGUUUGCCUGAGUGUGUGUGUGAUUAUUAGUGGUUGAGGAGGCUGGCAAACCGGUUGCGCGUUGUUGCUCUUUGCUGGCAGCAGCAGCAGCUGUUCGCAGGCUAUUUACAUGCAUACAGCAGUAAUACAUAUGUAUGUAUUUAGGAAAAUUUCUUAUUGCUUACUGGCCGCUAGUGGUUGGUGCGCUCCGCUCGCCAUGCUGUUGAAUUGCUUGUGCGCGCAUGUGUUUUUGUGUGUGUGUGCUACUGCCGCGCAUCGUGUCUGAUUCGGUCGGUGGUCGUGGCUGUUCCCAUCAUCGUCGCCGUCGCCGCCGUUGCCGUUGAGUGUGCUCCGCGCGGUAUAGGCUUCAGUUUCUUCUCGACGUUCGCGUUGUACGCUCGUUGGUUUGGUUUAGCGUCUGUUCAAUACGGAUUAUUUACGUGCGCUAAACGAUUUCAGUCAAACGGUACGUUCCGCCGCGCAACAAAUAGUACAUAUAGCGCGUUAAGCCUUUUUGGGAAUAUUACGCGCGCGCUUAGUGUAAAAGCAACAAUAGUGAUUCGUGAAUAAGAAAAAAUUAGCGCAAAUAAAAUAUUUUUGUUUCUAAGCGAAAAGCAGCUGGCUUUGCUCACAUUGUGGGUUGGCGCUGUGCCAAAAAAGAGCUGUCAAUGUUACUGUUAGCCGCCUCUGACGGUUGACACAUUAUCUGCAGGUGAUAUCGCGCGCAAUGCGCUUCAAGUGACGAAGAUUGUAAAACUAAAAGUGCGGAAAAUUUACGAAAAAGUUUUGCAGUCAUCCAAUAAGAUUUGCUAGAAAAAAACUGGCCUUUGCUGUGACAUCGCGUGAACGCUAACAACAACAAAGGACUGUCAUUUGCAAAUUAUAGAAAAGUUAUAUGGUGACAGUUAAAAAAUAUUUAAAAUUCUCUAUUUCCAUAAAAAUUUAUAUUUUAAAACCGCAACUCAUACAGAGCAACCUUGCAACUAUUAAGGCGCUUUGAAUCCCACCCAGCGCUACACAUUUUAAAAACCCAUCAACAGCUGCGCGCACGCCUACAAACGCGGCGCGUCCAUCACAACUGUCAAGUGCCAAAAGUGAGUUUCACACCGACAAAAGGCUCGAAGCUGUGCGAAGAUAAGACAACCGCGACACCGGGAAAAAUCAACACUGCAUACGCAGCUACUGGCACACACGAUAACAGCCUGCCUUGCCUGCCUGUCUGUCAGUCCGCCUUGAGCCUUUGCUUCCGCGUCGAUGUAGGUGCGUGUUGUAGAGCGGCGCGUGGACGAAAGUGCAAGUGUACCCAUUGAAAUUAACUAAAGUGCCUGUGCGCGCGUGUGUUUGUGUAUGAUUACGCGCGUUCGGGCGCUCGCAAAAAGGCCUGCAGCAGCCAAAAGUCAAGUCAUUAUUAAACCCUUUUUCGUGCAAAAAACAGCAUCCGUGGCGCCUCCUUGUGCUCACGCGCACUAAUUAACACCAUUAAACAAAGCCUUUGUCGUUGCCGCAGUCGCGUGUGCAUGUUAUUAUAAUUGUGGGUGUAAAGUAAACACUUGGUGUAUAUAUGUGUGUGUGUUUUUAAGUUGCAGUAGCAGCUGUUGCUUCAACGCUCCUAUUUGCAAUUGCUACAACAGUUGAAGUGUGUCGCCCAACUGCCGAAAAAAAAACAACAAAAAUUACAACACACAUUCAUGGUCAGCGCUGUCAGCCAGUGUCGCUUAAUUAGCGUAUACUUGGCUCAUCGCCUAAAAGUAGGCUAUUAAUUGCCUGCAUUAGCGCGUCAACGCGCGCGCACGUCCCACGCGGCAGCAUACAGCGUCGGUUGCUGGCCCAACAUAAUUUACAACAAAUUCGCGUCCUCAACAACAACAACGUGUUUGUGUGGCAAAUACACUGCUUCUCAGUUAUAUACAUGUGUGUGUGAUUUUCUUUGUUCCCAAAGUGUUUCAUGUGCAACGCCGUCGGCAACAACAACACUUGUAGUUAACUAAGUUAUAGUGUAGCUUACAGCAGCGCCAGGCGUAACAACAAGAGUGACAAGUGCAUUAAGCGUCAAAAACAACAACAACAGCGGCAUACUAAGCGUCAGCAGUAGCAACAAACAAGUGUUUAAGUGUAGCAAGUAGCAGCACGGCAAAUUUGCCUUGCCACAGCGGCGGCGUGUUAAGCGAAAGCUACAAAAUUUUAACCGAAUUAUCGAAAACGCCCCUUAGGGCUGUCGCGCUGGCGUCAUUUCUGGGCGACGGUUUUGCCGCGCUCGGUUCAAGAACACCAUCGGUUAAGGAUCUAAUGGCGUUCGGAUCGGUUUUACACAAUAAUCAACAUAAUAUCGGACGCAGUGAACCGCCCGUUGGUGUUGGUGAUCCGUGUGCGGGUUGCAAUAAACCAAUCUUAGAUAAAUUUUUAUUAAAUGUCCUUGAACGCGGAUGGCAUGCAUCCUGCGUACGCUGCUGUGAAUGCCUUCAACCGUUAACGGAAAAAUGCUUUAGUAGAGAAUCGAAAUUAUAUUGUAGGAAUGAUUUUUUUAGGCGCUAUGGCACAAAAUGCAGUGGCUGCGGUCAAGGCAUCGCUCCCUCCGAUCUCGUACGUAAGCCGCGCGACAAAGUAUUCCACCUCAACUGCUUUACAUGUUGCAUCUGCCGCAAACAGCUCAGCACUGGCGAACAACUCUACGUGCUGGACGACAAUAAAUUCAUCUGCAAGGACGAUUAUCUGCUGGGCAAAGCGCCUGGUUGUGGGCAUAACUCACUGAGCGAUUCAUUAAUGGGUUCAGCGAGCGAAGACGAAGACGACGAUGAUCCGCCACAUUUGCGCGGGCCACCGCUCGGCCUAGGCGUAUUGGGACCGAAUGGGCCCGACUCAGCGGGUGGACCAUUGGGAGCAUCCGAUAUCUCAGUACAAAGUAUGAGCACGGAUAGUAAAAACACGCAUGACGAUUCCGAUCAGGGUUCCUUAGAUGGCGAUCCUGACGGUCGGGGUGAUUCGCAGGCGGAGAACAAGAGUCCUGACGAUGCGAACGGCUCGAAGCGACGCGGCCCGCGAACGACGAUAAAAGCCAAACAACUGGAAGUACUGAAAACGGCAUUUAAUCAAACACCGAAACCGACACGGCACAUUAGGGAACAAUUGGCCAAAGAGACGGGGUUGCCGAUGCGUGUGAUACAGGUUUGGUUCCAGAACAAACGUUCCAAGGAGCGACGCAUGAAACAAAUCACCAGCAUGGGACGUCCACCGUUCUUUGGCGGUGCGCGUAAAAUGCGCGGCUUCCCCAUGAAUCUCUCACCUGGUGGUCUGGACGAUGGUCCUGGUUUCCCUUAUUUCGCGGCUGAUGGCAAAUUCGAAUUUGGCUAUGGUGGUCCACCGUUUCAUCCGCAUGACGGGCCAUUCUUUCCAGGACAUCCGGGUGGACCAAUGCCAUUCAAUACACCAGGUAGGUUUUGCGGUCCCAUGGAUCACACCGGCCCCAUACCGAUGGUGAAUGAAUUUGGUCUCACGCCCGAAUCGCAAUUCCUCAGUCAAGCUGGUGGCCCACCGAUGAGCAUACAAUCGGCUGGCGGGCCACCGCCACCACCUGAACACCUACUGGCUGCGCAACAACAAGCACAACAACAACAGCAAGUGCAACAGCAGCAGCAGCAACAACAGCAAGCACAACAAUCGAACGGCCCGCGCUCAGCAUCACCGGAAUUCCUGACAGCGGCGAACUUCAGCGAACCAUCGAAUAUGCAAAACGAAGGACUGGUUUGGUAAUAUACAAAACAAUUGGCCAAUCGCCUGCUGCUGCUGAAGACCUUGAGCGCACAACAACAGCAACAACAGCAGCAACAUCACGCGCAAUUGCAAUUACAGUCGCCGACGUCGCAGCCGUCGCCAGCGGCACUGCUGCCACCACCACCACCACCAACAGGCACCAACACUACAACCACAGCAGCGACGCCAGCCGAAACGAUGGCGGCGAUCUUGCUGGCGAAUGAACCGCAAGUAGAGCAGCAACGACAACAACAACAUCAGCAAGAACAGCAACUGCAGUUGAAGCAAGAAGUGCUGCCGCCGGAGCAAUUGGAGCUGCUGGAACAAUGGUGAUGCACACGCUGGCAACUACUAAACGCGACGCAACAACAGAAAACAAAACAAAAUGGCGGCGCGUAUAUAAAGGCUUGCUUUCAAGCAAAAUUGCUGCAAUGUAAACUUUGUUGAAUGAAUACUUGGAUUUGGCAGCAAGAAAAUAUAUGUUGCACAUACAUAUGCAUAUAGUAUACAUGGUGCAACACAGCAGCGUGCGCGAAAAGCCAGCCGAAAAAUGGCCAAAAAUAAAUUUAAUUUAUUUUCUAGAAGAAAGCACAAAAAUAAAAAAAGCGCUCCCGAAAGUUAAUAGUUAUACAAAAACAACAACACAACAGCUCUUUACCCCCACACCCACACACACACACACAUAAGCAUCUAAGCUAAGCCUAUUUGUAUUUUGUGUAUAAAAAAAAACAAAAACAAAAACUUUCGAUAAACCCGAAACAUAAAUUUGUGGCACUUACAAAACCAAAAACAAAAAUCAAACAGCAAAUUAAAUAUAUAUGCAAAUAUAUUUAAAUAAAAUUAGUAAAUAUGUAAAAUGCAAGCAAAACAA